UACGGGAUCAACAUAGCCGUUUGAUGUGGCAGCUAAGCACGUAAAACGCGCCACUUUGUUGGGAUGUCCCUUCAGGUGCAACUAUCACUGCUUGCGCCAAUCAUAUCGCUUAUAGUUGUCCUAGCCCAUGGAUGCCAAGGAUUCGGAACUGGUGUUGACGGUUACGGUAUUGCGUCUGGGACGAUAUUGAUGAUGGUGCCGUCGGCUCUUAACGGUAGACUCGAACCGUCUUAUUACUUGCAAGCCGACGAUGGCCAAGUCUACAGGCUGACCUUCUGCAGCAACGUCACUGUUGGCGACAUCCCUGCAAAUUCACGCGCAUCUAUAUCAUAUAGAAGCGUGAAGGGCGGUGUGAUGCAUUCAUGUAAACCUCCAAGGUUGGAACAGCCUCGCCGACUGUUAUUUGGGGACACGAUAUCCAGCCCCACUAAGCCAACCUUCCUCGUCUUCAUCACGACGAUGUGCAAUGCCUCUCUGGACAUGGCAGCAGCCUCCCCUGCGGCUAUCCUCGACAUGUUUGCUGGUUCCGGAGACGUUUCCGGUAAUCGUACACUGGCAGGCUACUACGACACAUGUUCGUACCACCAAGUCAGCCUCACAUCGUCACAAGUGCGAAUCGUGACGGACACCCACCGGCCCGGUCAACCCAUUGUGAUACCCUGCAGCGGCUCUCUGCAGCUUCCGUUUACGUUUUCGUCCGGCAACGACUUUGACACUCACAGCUGUGGACACGAUAACCUGCUGAAGUGGCAGUACUACCUCCAGACUGUGGCCGCAGAGCAGGGCAUCACACCCACGGAUUACCACCAUCAAGUUAUGUUGCUGCCCAAGGGGUUCGCCAGCAUUGUAAAAGACUGCGGCAACAUAGCCGGCACGGCAUCCAUCGGGCCCUGGUUCAGGCGCUCCAGCCCCAACAACCAGUGGGGCACCGGCUUGAUCUGGUGGAGUGGUGACAACUUUGGCGAUUUGGAGGUGCUGUUCCACGAAGCCGGCCAUAACCUGGGCUUGGCGCAUGCCAGCGUUUCCGCGGACUGCGGCUAUGAGCAGUGCGACAACACCUGUGCUAUGGGGGGAGCAGGCGGCCAAGGCAUCCGCUGCUUGAACGCGCCUCACAUGUGGCAGCUGGGCUGGGGCCAACCUUCCCAGCAACUCUCGGACUCAGAACUCGGUUACGGCAAGCAGCACGCGUUGCUCAUUCCUCCUCAACACAACACGCCACGGAGCUCAGUGCUCCUCACCCCGGCCAACAUGACCGACAACCAGCAGCUGUACAUCUCAGCACGGAUCAACCACCCGCCGUACGACCUACCCUUUGAGAAGGCACUAAGCGGCAGGCCAUUUGUGUUGGUCCACCUAUACAACGGAUCUGCAAGUGUGCCGUACCAGGCAACCUACCUCGCUGCAACUGUGGGACUGGGAUCCAAUUACACGGAUGCAGCAAGCGGCGUGACCGUGUAUUUCAUGUCUUGGAACGCAGCCGUCGGGGCAUCCGUUACGGUUUGCCGCCGCAAGGAUGCUUCGGAGCAGGCUUGCGGCGAUGAUCUGGACGAUGACUGCGACUUGUUGUCAGACGCGGACGACCCGGACUGCCACCGGAGCCGUCCACCCCCGCCGGGUUCCAGAAGCAUCACGGGCAGCAUUACAGGCUUGGGCGUUGCUGCCAAGCCGCCCAGCCCGUCACCCAUCAUUCGAUCUCCCGUCGCCCAGCCGUCCUCUUUCCCACCGCCUCCCAAGCUCUCCCCACCUGUGCCCCCCACGCCUGCUCCCAGCCUAAGCCGCUUGCCCCCACCCGGCAGUAAAGCCCCAACAGAAGUUGUGCUGCCACCACCCCAUCCGUCACCGCCGCCGCCAACAGAGACGCACCCGCCACCCCCCAUUCGCGUGGUAGCCAGCCGGCGGGUUCCCCGACCGCCUCCGCCCGCCGCUCCGGUGCUGUCGCCGCCGCCGCCAUCGCAGCCGCUACCCCCAGGACUCCCACCGUCGUUGCCGCCAGAUACCCCGCCGGUCCCUGCUGCUGCUGCUGCCCCGCCGCCGCCGUCAAAGUCGCCACCGCCUCCUAAAAGGAGGUAUCGAAAACAGCCUCCGCCUGCUGCUCCGUAGAUUCCCCCACCAUUACCAGGGGCACUCCCUUCCUUUACUUCAAGACGGCGUCCGUAGCUAGCAGCCAUUAUAGCCGUAGUGGCUAUGUCACAGCCGCUGUGGCUGUCCCAAGGCCGCCAGAGGCCAUGAACGUAUGGCUCCCUAGAGGGGCAUCGCCAUUCAGCUCAGCCACGAGCAUCGUCUGUUGUCCCGGGGGAAUGCGCUGCCGACUCGGUUUUGUGGUUAUUAGUUACUUAGCGAGCUGAGCAGCUACAGCAAGGCUGCUGCGCCGCCGUUGAUUAAUGCAUUCUUAUUUUUUCUUACAAGUCAGGGUUAAAGGCUGCGCUGUGCCCCACAAAGGACUGCAUUAUUCCAUUAUUAGGGAACUGUGACAAUGGCUUCCUGGGAAAGGCUGUCGUUUACAAAUAUUACCUUACGUAACCUGCUGCGUUGUUGUUGUUCAUUUCAAGAACCCCGGUGUGAUUAAUUGCGUGCCAUUCAUGUUUUGCUCACAACGCGGAAACACAGCAUGUAGCUUGAGGCUGAAGUUGCUGGUUGUUUGGGAUAAUUACAUCCCAAUUGUUCGGGCGCGCGAUGCGCACCUAUCAGCUAGCUUGGGUGCAUGACGGCGGCACAGUGCGUUUCCUCGUUACCUCGUCGCGUGGGACACGUCCUGAAUUCAGGGAUCCGUACGACACGUUGCUCGUGUUAAGAGGUUAACGCUGUUUACGAGGAAUAUGUCCCGAUCCCUGUUCGUGGGUUGCCAAUCUCGUCUCUUUCGUCGCGUGGGCGAUGAGACGUCCGUCAUGUCGGGUCUGUCGGGUGUCUGUUCUUGGCUUUUUGGGGCCCGUUGCGUAAAUGGAAUUGUGCGCAUGUGCUCUAGGCGCGGGUUAUAUUGAAUAGGGCCCAGCGUUUUUAUGCAGUGAGGCAACAAUGUUGGAACCCAAUUCCAAGUAUGGGGCCAGGGGUGCACCUGGCUAGCAGCAUUACGUGCCGUACGAACGAACGUUGGUUACGAUCUUGGCAGAACCUGAGUAGCGUGCGGCCAGACUUAUUUGAUAAGGUGACCUUGACCACUUGUGUCCCUAUGUGACCUUGUCCACUUUCGCAUAUGGAAGCGUCGAACUUAACAUUCAAGAUUGUAGGGGUAGGGAGAACUUGACGUGGUUAAUCUCGAGCUAGCAACCUACACAUGUUUGCUACGCUCUAGAUUUGAAGUCCAUAUGGAGAUUUGUCUUGGGAGUUGCGGGCAUGCAUGUCGAACAACUUGUCAGUUGGUGGAUCGGAACUGCCGGAACUGCAGGGAUUCUCGUGUUAUAGUAAACUAGCGUUUCCCUGGUUCGCGCCGGCAGCCUAACGUCACUUGUUAACGCUGAGGCGUGCGGAGUUUGGGGUAGAGUUGCAGAGUGAGGGGACGGGGUAAGACGACGGCAUGCGACGGGAACGAAAUCAGCAAGUCAUGGAGCUGUGGCAUAAGGAGCAGUUGACAUAGCGGCUGUGCCCGGCGUACGUGUGUGCAUGCAUGCGGCAUGAUACUUCACAUGAACAGUUCGAGGUUUGGCCUAAAAUUCGGUGAU